AGCCUCGUUAUGUCGAACAUCUCUCCGUCCCGUACACGUACUUUUUCGAUUUUAAAGUGGCGCUACGCGUAUCGGGAGUGAUAUAUCGGAUCGAAUUAACGUACGAUGAGUGUUGAGUGUUGAUAAACAUGCGUCACGAUCGGGAUUAAUAAUAUUUUUCGAGAUUUUCUAGUGACGCGCGUAUCGUCGCGAAGUUGUCUCACCUUCCCUCCUUUUCCGUUAGUAUUUAUGUAUCGGAGCGUAUCGUACGUUCAACGGAUAUCGGGAGUGCGUGUUUCGCCUUGUUAACUUAAAAUAUGUAUACGUAUCAUACAAAGUAUCGGUAGUGCCGUACAAAGUGUCGGGCGUUUGCUGUAUCGUGUUAAUUAAUCCGCGCGAUCAUUAGCCGGCGUUUUCCGUUCGAUUCGUAUUCACGCGAGUAUGUCCAGAGAAAUCGAUGAGAAGAUGGCGGCCGUUGGAUUUUCCGGUAUCUUUCGUCUAAUGCAGUGGCCUCUCCCGUCCGGCGAACUUUAUGAAAACUCCGAUAGUCGACAUCGAGGCGGCGCCAAGGUCACGAGGGAGGAGCUGAGGUCAUCGCGGCAUCUAUGUUGUGCGGCGAACUCCUGAACGGUGGCUUCGUCAGUGCCGGAGCGGUACCGGUGGUUCCCUACAGUCUCCCAGGAGUCUGGUUACCCGGUUGCCUGCGUGCUACCAGUCCACGCCUAUUGACCUCACCUUAUCUGACCCUGCUGGCCGAGCUUCUGGCCGCGGGCCGCCUCGAGCUGCGAGACGAUCUUCUGGAGUUGAUGGAUCUGGCAAAGAGGAGCCAUCAGGCUCCGACCGACAACAACGGAGCACCCGAGCUCGACCUUGAUCUUCACGCCGACGACAUCGACGAGAUCUUCUUGGAAAACGGCCUUCUCUCCUUCGAAAAUCCCAAUUAUCAUCUGGAUCCAGCUCGGCUGGACGAUGCUUUGAACAGCAACGGAAAUGGCAGCUCUCUGUAUGAUGAAUUGUAUCAGGAAUUGGUCGGCAGCGGGGGCAGAGGCGGCGAGGUGACCGGUGGCGGGGGAGGGGGUGGCGGAACGAGGGUGCAGGCACGCCGAACCUACGCCACGUUGGACCUGGGCAGCAUGGGGGUGGACGUCACCCAGGGCCCCCUCACGCAGGAUUCCGUGACGGACGACGCUUCCGACAACACGGACAACCAUAACCUAGGGUACGGCUGCGAGGGUGUGACGGAGUCCGCUCUCGUCGACGACACCCUCAACGGAAAUCCCCGCUCGUCAUCCCCGUCGUCGUCGAGCGCGAUCCUGCCUCAAUCUCACACCCUACAGUCGGGAUCGAUCGACGCUACGGACACUUCCGGGUUGAGAAAUUAUUGCGAGAAACCUGACAACGAGACCGCAGAUAUGGGUGGUGUGCCGCAUGUAGAGGGUGGCCUGAACAGCGAGCUGUACGCAGUGCCGGUGAAACGGCGACAGCCAAAGGAUCAGAAGAACAAUGCGAUUCUGCAGAACAAUACUCAGGAAAAACCGACGGACGUGGAUAGCACCGAUUCCGAGGAUAAAGAUGAGAAUCUGCCGUCCGGCUGGCAGAAGCACGAGGACGAGAAUGGACCUUAUUAUUGGCAUGUGAAAAGCGGCAAUAUACAGAGAGAACCACCAGAGGCUCCGUUGCAUUCAAAAACGGAGGCGCGGCGAAGUCUGGUCAAGGAUAAUGAUAGCAUAAAUAAUUUUCACACUUUGAGCGGCAUGGUGAACACGGUGACUCGCAGUAACACAAGCUCGGCUCUGGACCAGGAAUUGGAAAACAAGAGGAAGAUGGAAUUGGCGCUCAAACGAAGAAGCUAUCCCGCCAGAGCGGAUUCUGAGGGCAGAGACAAACCGAUCAGAUUUGCCGUGCGAUCCUUGGGUUGGACGGAAAUUGCGGAAGAGGAUCUGACACCCGAGAGAAGCAGCAAAGCCGUGAACAAGUGUAUCGUGGAUCUCUCACUUGGUAGAAACGAUCUGCUGGACGUCGUUGGGCGAUGGGGCGAUGGUAAAGAUCUAUUUAUGGACUUGGACGAAGGGGCGCUCAAGCUGAUCGAUCCAGAGAAUCUCACCGUACUAAACACGCAGCCUAUUCAUACAGUUAGGGUAUGGGGCGUAGGAAGAGAUCACUGUCGCGAAAGGGAUUUUGCUUACGUGGCAAGAGACCGAUCUACCAGGAAACACAUGUGCCAUGUGUUCCGUUGCGACAUACCGGCGCGCACGAUCGCGAACACGCUUCGCGACAUUUGUAAGAAGAUAAUGAUCGAGCGUUCGCAGCAUCAGAAUCUAGCGAAACCGGUAGACAUCAAUGGUCGAACCAGUCUGGCUACGAGACCUACCAAUCUGCCCACUGAACAUCGGCGCUUUCACAGAAACGGUCAAGCACUAGUCACACAAUCUUUUCCAACGCCGAUGGAAGAGCCGAAAAAGGUGCUACGAGCACAGUAUCUCGGAUCCAUGCAAGUCAAUCAGGCGACCGGCAUGGAGGUGUUGAACGAGGCGAUAGAACAUAUCGUGACAAACACGCCGAUCAAUCAAUGGCGAAAUGUCAAUGUCGCUGUAGCUCCUAGCAUGAUCUCUAUUCUUACGCCGAACGAUGAUAAGCUUAUCACCGAGUGUCGAGUACGCUAUCUGUCAUUCCUUGGUAUCGGUCACAAUGUGAAGCAAUGCGCUUUCAUCAUGCAUACCGCGCAGGACUUGUUCAUCGCACAUGUUUUCAACUGCGAGCCCAGCAGCGGAGCUCUCUGCAAGACGAUUGAGGCCGCUUGUAAAACGUCUGUAUUUCUUUUUCAGCUAAGGUAUCAGAAAUGCUUGGACGCACAUCCGCAGGGUUUCAGAAACGCCAGCAGUCUUAAUACUCCGAGCGGCAGAGGAUUAGGCGCGACUUUGAAAUCCCUAGUUGGUUCCUUGACUGGCCGUAGAAACAAGCAGGGCGAAUCCUGAGACGAGGCUCUCUCGCUGCAGUUCCCCGACUGUCCGGUAGGAACUCUGGCCAUUGCCUGCUGAGCGAGAGGUGAUACGACACAGGCAUCUCCAGUCGCCGUUGACCCUCAAAUAUUUCGGUGGCUCGCCGCCGAGCGCAUCCCUCAAGUCGCUGCUCUCGCCCUCUCUGGACACCAGGCGUAUCCAACUUGCCCGCUGGGAGAGCAAUCCUUAAAAAAACGCGAGAACAAAGCCUGAUAAGAGGCCAGGAAGCGGCUGUAGGGCAAACGGAUAUUCUCUUUACGACGUAAACGACUGAAUUUCGCGAAAAAUUCCGCAGAGUACUAUACUAGUAUCACAGCUAUAGUGGACUAUGCUUACCUAUGUCGAUAUGAUGUUAUGUAUGUUAUGCAAUGUCUGAUGAAGGAGGGGAGAAUUCGCGGAUUUGUCGAGACACAGGAGCGAUAUAGGGUCGCAUCGAACCUGUCGUGGAAAUCCUUAAGAGGCAGCAUGUACUAGCUUGUGAGCAGUAUUCGCAGGAAAUCGAUAGAAAGAAAGAUUAUGAAGAGGAAAACGAAGGAAUCGAAAGAGUUCGAAGAGUAAAUUGUCUGUACAUACAAGGUGAUGAUUACGCGCUAAAUUUAAUCAACUCGUUUGCUCGAAUUGGCAGGGGAAAAAGAAGGAAUAAUACGCCCAUAGGAUUUCACAAGCGAAUCAAGUUGCACGUAUCGGAGAAUGAGUGAGCUGCAGUUAACGUAGUAGUAAGCAUAAUAUCCGCGAAGGCAUUCGAGGAGAUUCGAGGAGAGCUAUAGAGAGCUUGCGUAUACAUAUAUAUAUAAAUAUAAAUAUAUAUAAAUAUAAUAUAUAACUCACGUGUGCGUGUAUUCUCGGGUGUACAGAUUAUAGGGAAACGAGACGAGAGCGAUGACCGGGUCGCACGGGACACACGCGUACAUGCGUGCGAAGAACGCACUUCCGCACACACACCAGCACGCGCACCGCGACUGUAUCGGGUAUCCCGCGGAUGUACCGCGCUUUUUUCGACGACGAGAUGCGCGAUAGGUUCCGGGAAACACCGGUAGACAUACACACGCGCACGUUAACACGACGGCCGAUAGGGAGUUUAUUUUUUAUGGCGAUUUAGUAGGAGCUUUAAAAAAAAGCAAAACUUGCAGCACCUCGGAGAUUAUGAAACGACAAAUACUUAUACCGCGACCGUCCUUUAGACUUGAACCGGGGGGAGGGGGGAUGGGGGAGGGCAGCAAUUAGGCGAGAGAUCAGUGAUGCGUAACGUUAUCGAAAUCACAUGCGAUCGUAGUCGGUCGUGUCACGCGCAAUAAUUGCGUGACAAACAAUAUCCGACAUCUAAGAUGCGAAAUUAAUGUGUCCGCGCGAUAAUAACUGUUUAAACCGAAUAACAACGGUAUUAAUAAUUUUUAUCGAUGAUAAUUAUUCUUCUUAUAAGCGCGAACGGUAAAUAAUUAUUAUUAUCGCUAGAUGCAUCGUAGUACGACGUAUUGCAGCUGAAAAAUCGUAUGCAUAUCAGGCCAUUGCAAUUUUUCCGAUUCAGGAGAUAGACGCAUACGAGAGAUGUAUGUUCGUACAAAAACAAUUGUUAAAAGGAAUCAAAUGUACGACACGUUCCACGCAUCUACACACUAGCCCUACUUACGUAGGAACACGUACGUAGCCAAGCAUGGAUUGCAUCUCGCACUAGCGAUCGCCGCUAUUAGUAGAAUUUAGUAAACGAUUCAGGCACGUUUCUGUGGUAAUAUUUAAAUUCGAUCGCAUCGCACCGCGAAUUCACAAUCCACAUAUACACUUACAAUUUACAUGCGUGCGCACUGAUGAUGAUUAUACGUAAAUGAGACUCGUCGCUGUUAUUGGUUCGAAAGUCAAAUAUUAUGAUUAGACAGAAUAUGCGCUCUCUCUCUCUCUCUCUCUCUCUCUACUAAUUUGUACCUAAUUAAUUUUUUAUUGAUUUUAAUCUGUUUAUAUUUUAUAGUGAUUACAUGAACAAAUAGCUUACAAUAGUAUUUUAAGAUUUAAUAAAUAAUUGAUCAACCCUACUCUUAUCCUACAAAUCAUCUCUCUUUGAAAUAAAUCCAAGUGGCGCUUAUUAAUAAUUAUAUUCAGAAAAAAGAAUAUGGGAUAUGCGAUCGAGUCAUUGAAAUCGCAUCGUCCUAUUCCUUCCUAAUUCUUUUCUAUUAAGAGAGCGCAAUUCUUGUCGUCCUGCGAGGACGGUCACGUCGUACGAGCCAUCGUCGUUGCGAGAGAUACAAAGUUGUGCGGGACCCAGAACGAAGAUAUUUCUAUGUAGCACUUUAAGUAAAAGAAAAAAAAAAAAAAAUAAA